ACAUGGCUGCGCUCUUGAGAUCAGCCCGAUUAUUGAAGUUUUCAUCCUCUACAUUGCUACAAGUAAGGGGAGCAAGCAAGCAUAGUCUCCCGCUUAAUCGACUGUACAGCGGAGCCGUCGAUAGACGGGGGAUCAGAAUUUACCCGAGACAAGUCGUGUCAGGAUCGCUCAAUGUAAACAGGUUUGUUUGGCCCUGCUCAGGGGUACGUCAGUAUGGGGUAGCUACUGAACAGCAAAGUGUCCCUAAAGAUGAAGCCAGCCUGGGAGUGCGAUCUAAACAGGCGCAGCAGUUUGACUGGGCCCUUGCCAAGCUCGACAGCUCUGUUAGGAGAACGGGCCGAGUCACCAAAACUCUGGUGCUCCGCAUCUUCCACGACAUCUGCCGGACAGGCUACCCAAGUGGGAACCAGGCCUUGCUAUUGUUAAGGAGCUGUGGCUCUCUGCUUCCUGAAGUACCUCUGUCAGAGCGCACCGAGCUGGCACACCGCAUCUGGGAUAAGCUGCAGGAGCUGGGUGCCUCCUAUGAUGUCAGCCAUUACAAUGCUUUGCUUAAGGUGUACCUCCAGAACGAAUUCAAGUUCUCCCCCACCGACUUCCUUGCCAAGAUGGAGGCGGCUAACGUGUUGCCUAACAGAGUGACCUACCAGAGACUGAUUGCGGCAUACUGCCAGGAUGGUGACAUCGAGGGUGCCAGUAAAAUCCUUGGUUUCAUGAAGAGCAAGGACCUCCCUAUCACCGAGGCCGUUUUUAAUUCCUUGGUGACAGGCCAUUCCCGAGCAGGGGACAUGGAGAGUGCUGAAAACAUCCUGUCCGUCAUGAGGGGGGCGGGCAUUGAACCUGGAGCAGAUACAUACCUUUCCCUCCUCAUCGCAUAUGCAGAGAAGGGCGAUAUGGAAAAAAUCAAACAGACUCUUGAGACAGUAGAGAACACGGACACGAGUCUGAUGGACAGAGACCUGAUGCAGGUGGUUUUCAGUCUGGCCAAGUCCGGUCAUCAGCAGUAUGUGCCCGAGGUCGUGGAACGCAUGCGCCACGAGAGGGGAUACGUGCCAGAUGCUAUGAACCUAUGUUUGAGUCUGAUCACUCAAGGCCAUGAAGACACAGCUUUCAAUGUUCUCAAGACCUUCCCCACCUUACAAGCAGAGUCCCAGAACAGCGAAACCCCUGACCUGGGAAACUUCUUUCUGCGCCACUGUGUCAACAUGGAGAAACCUGUUGAUAAGGUCGUUGGCUACUGUCAAGAGCUGAAGGAAGGCAACUUGCACUCUGCACCACUUCAGUUCACCCUCUACUGCGCUCUGGAUGGCAAGAAAACUGGUAUGGCAGUGGCGUUGAUGAAGAGGAUGAAAGAGGGAGGCCUGCCUGUAAGACCUCACUACUUCUGGCCCCUCCUCACCCAGCACCAAAGAGACAAGAACAUACCAGGUACUUUGGAAGUGCUGAGAGGCAUGCAGGACCUGGAUGUCCUCCCUGAUGUUGAGACUUACACCACCUAUAUCCUGCCUGCCUUCCCUUCUGUGGACAGCGCCAGAACUGCACUGAAGGACGCUGGCUGCGCGGUGGAUACCGAGGGUUUUGUCUCAUCUGAGUUACGUGCCGAAGCUGCGAGUGGGGACCUGUCACGACUGCUCUCUAUGAUGUCUUCUCCCGAGUUCCCUGCCAUUGACCUGAGCGCUUUCAGAGGAAGUCUCAUAAUCGGGUUCAGGAAGUUUACAGAUGUGGAGACAAUGGCUAAGAUCACGGAGCUUCUCUACAAUGACAAGCGAUUCAGUCAAACCGCUGAACCAAGCGAGACUGUGGCCUACUUUCUGUAUAACUUGAUUGACGGCAUGCGUGAGACAGAAGUGCAGGCCCAGGAGGAGAGGCUGCGACAGUUCUUCGGCCAGCUCAAGAGCCGGAACAUCAUGAUUCCUAUGAGCAUUUACAGGGGCAUCCGGAACACUCUUAAUUCAGCACAUGUCCCAGAGCUGAUCAAGGAUGUGAUUGGACUUGUGGACAGCAAAGAUCCCAUUAGUCUCACAGAGCCCACCAGCCCUACCCCUAAAGGUAUUGAGGGCAAGGUGAUAUUUUUGGAGAAGAGGUUAGAGGAGUUGAAAGCAGAGGGGAAGCCUAUUGGACCCACUCUCAAACAGCUUAUCUUGGCCUUGUGCGCUGAGGAGAAGCUGGAACGUGCUCUAGAACUGAAGGCCCAGCACGAGGGUGAAAUGACAGUGGGGGCUUACGCCGCGCUCAUCAACCUCUGCAGUCGUCACGACAACGCCGAGGAGGCCCUGAAUCUGAAAAGAGAGCUGUCACGGAAGGAUUCUGAAGUGGCACUUGAGGCCAGUAAAUACAUAGCCUUGGUGCGCGUGCUGUGUAAGCAUGGCAGAACAGAAGAGGCUGUGGACAUGCUGAAGGAAAUGAAAGAAAAGGACGUGGCGAUGAAGGACGCCACGGCGACCAUGCUCUUUCACACGCUGAACAGCAUCGCCUUGAGGAAAGACGCCGCCACCAUCCGCCGCUUACAGGACACCAUCUUCACCCUGGGUCUGGCCAAGCCCACCUCGAACCUCUGUUCGCCCCUUGUCACGUCUUACCUGGAGAGUGAGGACCUCUACGGGGCUUUGGACGCAGCCAUAGAAUGCUACAAACAGUACAACCAGCUGCCCCGAAUUCAUGACAUCCUCUGUGGCCUGGUGGAGAAAGGAGACACCGAGGCCUUACAGAAAGCCAUGGACUUUGUGAGCCAGGAGCGUGGGGAGAUGACGAUGCUCUACGACCUUUUCUUCGCUUUUAUGCAGAAAGGCCGCUACAGAGAGGCACGCAAAAUCAUCGAGACCCCUGGCUUAAGGGCUCGGCCAGGCAGACUGCAGUGGUACGCAGAGAAGUGCAUUGCGAACCAGCAGAUGGAGGUUCUGGAGAACCUUGUGGAAACAACCGGAAAACUGUUUGAAUGUGACAGAGAUGAGAUGUACCAUUACGUGCUCCGCCUAUGCAAGGACACCAACGAUUGGCGGAAGGCGGAGGCGAUGUGGACGAAGAUGCAGGAGGAGAACGUGAUUCCCAGAGAGAGGACCCUGCGCUUGCUCGCCGACAUUCUCAAGAGCAACGGCCAGGAGGUGCCUUUCGAGGUGCCUGAGAUGUGGUAUGAACAGGUUGAGCAGGUCAAGGAGGUCAAAGCUGAGCCUAAAGAGGUCAGGGAGAGCCGUGCCUCACAGCUUCCACCUCCCUCUAAGGAGGAGGGCGCUGAUUACCAGAUGCGCCUCCUAACUCUGUGUAAGAAGGGAAAACUCAAAGAGGCUUUGAGUAUUUUGAAGACUGCAGAGAGCAAGGGCGUGGCUCUGGGCCCUGCUCCAUACGACAGCCUGAUCAGGGCCAUGCUGGCCGCGGGCAGCAUCGAGGACGCCAUGGCUGUCAGAGAUAUGGCCAGUGCACUUAUACCAGGAUUCAAGCUGAGUGAUACAGCCAACAGCCUACUCAUCAUCACCCAGGUGAAGCGAGAUCAGAUCGAAGAUGCUGUGGCCACAUUUAAGAACAUGCUGCAAGCUGACCAGGUGCCCUCUCAGCUAGCCAUCAGCCGAUUGGUCCAGAGCCUCGGUAGCCGUGGAGAUGUGGAGGCUGUCCAGGAAGUAGAGAGUCUGGUUAAGACCGUUGGCCCCUCAGUCAAUUUGUCUAGCAUGCUUUUCCUCAACAACACCGCUUUGGCACACAUCAAGAAAGGAGACAUUGCCAGUGCUGUGGACAUUUUGGAGUCUAUGUAUACUGAAGGUGCUCAGAACGCUAGCAUGUCCUACGUUUUCCGGAAAGUUCUAGAGGACAACAACGAUGAUGCACUGGAUAAAUUGAGCGGCAUGGCAGAGCGGCUGGCCAAUCACUUUGCCUCCUACAGGGCUGCCACAGAUCUCUUCUUGCAGUACCUGGACUCAGGCAGGACAGAAGAGGCCAAGUUCCUCCUGCAGCGCUGUGCGGCCGUGUCGAAGCAGAAGGAGAUUUUUACGUCGUACAUGGCCAAAGCGGCUCAGCAGCCAGGACAGUCGACCAAGAUCAAGACCUUGUGGGAGUUGGUUCCCGACUUCGCCGAGAAGGACACGUUUUACAGCUAUUUAAUGAAAUGCUACGGCAUGGAUAAUGACCUGACCUCAGCAAAAGCCUUGUACCAGCAGAUGCUGUCUGAAGGAGUACAGGUGGAUGAGUUGUCUUUGAAAAGACUAGCUCUGCUCUACAGGAAUGCUGGAGAAGCCAUCCCUUUCGAAGAGCCCCCGGAGUCCUUCAGAUUCUACGCAGAUAAGCUGAGAGAGAAAUCGUCAAAAGCUUAAAAUCUGUUCUGCACAUUGCUAUAUAUCUCACGUCCGCUGUAAUGUUCAUUUUCGUUAAUUUUUUUUUUUAAUUUUCUUGUGUUUUUCAUUACUGUGUGCAGACAUUGUGGAAAGAUGUGAUGUUAAAGGCUGUUAAACGUUGUUGUUUUUUUUUUGCCCAUGUUAAUUAUGGCAACAUAAAAGAUGAUGUACAAAGGUAUUUAUGCUAAUAAAUGUCUGGAA